UGAACCACCUGAUUUUGUUUCAAUUUGGUGUUUAAUAUUUAUACAGUUUGGUGUAUUUUGGUAUCAAAAGAUACGUAAAAAAAUCCUUUUUCUUUUUCUACCAGCUAUUUAGAAAGUCAGAAUGCCAGCGGAUCCGUCUGAAGAAGUGGCUCCUCAGGUCCCAAAGACCGAGCUAGAAGAGCUGCAAAUUAGUGCGCAAGGAGUAGCCGAUGAGUCCCUGGAAAGUACGCGACGUAUGCUUGCUCUGUGUGAGGAGAGCGCGGAAGUUGGAAUGCGAAGUAUUGUUAUGUUGGAUGAGCAAGGAGAACAACUGGAUCGUAUUGAAGAAGGAAUGGAUCAAAUUAAUGCAGAUAUGAGAGAAGCAGAAAAAAAUUUAAGUGGAAUGGAAAAAUGUUGCGGCAUUUGUGUUCUUCCGUGCAAUAAAAGUCAAUCAUUCAAAGAAGAUGAUGGGACCUGGAAAGGCAAUGAUGAUGGAAAAGUUGUAAAUAAUCAGCCACAGAGAGUGAUGGAUGAUAGAAAUGGCAUGAUGGCGCAAGCGGGUUAUAUUGGAAGGAUAACGAAUGACGCUAGAGAAGAUGAAAUGGAAGAAAAUAUGGGCCAGGUAAACACAAUGAUAGGCAAUCUCCGAAACAUGGCAUUGGAUAUGGGCUCUGAGCUGGAAAAUCAAAAUCGUCAAAUUGAUAGAAUAAACCGGAAGGGCGAAUCUAAUGAAGCGCGGAUAGCAGUUGCUAAUCAAAGGGCACAUCAACUAUUAAAGUAAAAAGAUUGAAGAGCGACUAGGAUAUACAUAAACAUUUCAACAAAAGAGAUUCUGAUUCAUAAGUGUGCAAACUAGCCCUUUCUGUCUAUGAUUUAAGCCCAUCUAUGUGCUCCAAAAAGUUAUAUAAAACUGAACACAUCUAAAAAAACAAAAAAAACACAGUAUGUUCAAAACAUUUUAAAAGUGCUUAACUUACCCCUCUGUUGUUCUAUAUUUUUUUCGAGAUGUCACUGUUCAUUUUAAAGGUAAAAUCAUAUUAAUGACGAUCUUAACUACAUAAGCAUAAAUAAAAACGAGGGGUAAUUAUAGAACCAAUAAAAGAACCAAUAUUUUAUGUUUUAAUCCACAGUAUUCAAUAGUAGUUUGUGACGCGUAGUAUAAAUCUAUUCAUAAUACUAGCAUUUUAUUUCGCAUCUCCAAGGGAUUUAAUAUUUAGUAUUCGUUUACAUUGCUUGACAAGUCGAUAUUAGUCAUUUUCUUCACUUUUUAUAUGUACUGAUGGCGUUUUUUGUUUAAGGCUAUUGUUAAAACCUGUACAAUCAUCGUUAAACUUUUUUCAUACAAACGGGUUGCUUCGGGUUGCUUAUCGUCCAUAAUAAAGUUUGGAUAAUAAUAUAUAAUAAUUUAAAAAUUCUUGCCAUAUCGGCUGAUGUCUCAAAUUCCGAGUAUUUUCAGCUGUUCGAGUAUUUAAAUUUUGCUUAAAUUUUAUUUUGCCUAUCAAAUAUUUAUAAAGAACAAUAAAUGUUAUUUGUGGCUUUGUAUUAGAAACACCUCUAUGCACACGAUUUGUAGUAUAUAAUAAAAAUAUGUAAAUACAUUAAAUUAAAAGGGAUAGUAGCAUCGCAAGUCAACGUUAAUAUAACCUUGCAAACGGUUCUAAUGGUUUUAAGCUUAACUCGCAUAAAUUUGUAUAGACUUCGAGUAAAAGAGUAUAAAAAUCCGUUAACACUAUAUAGAAUAUAAAUAAAACAAUAUUUAAAAAAUAGGUACUUUUCCCUUAUUUAAAGGUAUGACUUAGUUUUAGGUAUCUGGUGUUUACAUUACCAGUCUAAAAGUAUUUUUAUCAAAUUGAGUACACAUCAUUAUAAAUUGAAAGUAAUUUUAUAUCAAAAAUUAAAUUUUUUGUAAUUGACGCAAACUGUUCAUGGCUAUAUCGACAAGUUGUUACAUAAUAGUAUUUAUUAAAAUAUAACGCUUAGUAAGUGGCUAUGAAUUGCAAAAAUGUUGUUUGCUACAUUAACGCUACAUAACUCAUAAGUUAUGUUCAUGAAAAAGCACAAGAAUGUCCUAUAAUUAAAAUUUUAUUUUGAAACCUUUUAGACGAAGAAGUUGUUACAAAUUCAAACAUACCUCUAACAUACAUAAAUUGUUAUCUUACAUAAUACUGAAGUCAGGGUUUAUUAACAUUUUUUGCUCACUUUAAAAUGUUACUAAAUCCCUCUAAUGAAUGUUACAAACAAAAAUUUAUAAGUUCUGAAAACUGAAAUAAAUUAUUGGUCUAUGCACAUAACUUUGA